UGUGUGUGUAAAACCUCUGAAACUGAGUUAGAAACUGAUGCACAAUACAAAACAUACACAAAAAGAAAUGAAAAAAAUAAACUUAUUUUUUGCAGCAUGCAGUCGCAGACACAAAAAUAGCCCACCAUUAUAAGAAGAAAAGAGGCAAUUUCACCUUCUUCACAGACUCUCUAGCUAAGAGCAGAAAGCAGACAUAAAAAGCAAAUGUUGUUUUAGAGCAGCGACUCCUCCACCCCAACCCUCUGCCCUCUGUCUCAUCCUGAUGUCUAAUGUCGACUAGGUAUUUCUUAACCACAUUUCAUAAUUUUCACUAUGAAUGCUAUAUUAAGCCUCAUAGUAUGUAUCCUGCUUUAUCAUUGGUCUUGCUGUUGACCAUAACCCAGCUAGAGUCUGGCGCUUUAAUGAUCUAAUGAUCGUGGCUUUUAACAAAUGCCUAGCUUCAUUAACAUUGAAAAAGAUAAAGUCUUAUUAAAAAGAAUAAGGAUGCAGUUUAAAGUGUGUGUGCGCUGUUUCCUUCAUGUCAUACUGUUGUAUCUUAUCUUUUAGCCUUUAUUUCUUCUGAUUCACUAUUCUGAAUAUACAUUUUAAUAAUGUAAAUUAGUCUUCAAUUCAAGACUUCCCUGUUUUUUCAUUCCAUCCCUAUAUGAGUAUACAGCAGGAAUAAGUAAUACGUCUACAGGACAACAAGACAAGACAGCGCCCAUAUGCAAAUAACAUACAAAUUAAUAUACAAUAUGCCGUACAACAAACACACAGGGCAAUAUAAACAAAUAUAUUAACUAUACAUAUAUGCGCUAUCUGCUCAUUAUAGAAUAUAUAUUGUCUAUACACAGAAUAACUACAGAUUACAUGCGAUUGUAAACUACCGUAAGUAUACCUGCCUUGCUAAGAAAUCCUGUUUUUGGAACUCGAAACUGAAAUAUUGCGAGAUUUAUGAGUUCGUUACCAACGUAUUUCCCACAUGAUCCUUCAAAUUCUGUCUCUUAGCUUGGUAAAUACUCUUCGUAAAUACUCUUUAGAGGCCUCAUUGGAGCCCAGUCGGUUCUUUCCGCUUUGCUUUGUCAGCGCAUGCGCCCACGUGCUCGCACUUCUCGAGCGCUGGGGUUUGUGUGUGUUGAACAAAACCACCCUCUCCGAUGUAAACACGGUCAAAUAUGGCUUUUCCCCGCAACGGGACUUAGACAUCCGUGAGACUACGCGACGCGUCUCCCUAAGCGCUCGGCCGCCUGCCCUGUCCUGUGUGCGGCCGUGUGUAGAUGGUGUCCGGCGAGGCGUUUGUGGCCGACGAAGACGACUACUGCAGGGGUACUAUGAAGGAGAUGAUCGGGGGCUGCUGUGUCUGCUCCGAUGAGAGAGGCUGGGCCGAGAACCCGCUGGUGUACUGCGACGGGCACGGCUGCAAUGUCGCCGUGCAUCAAGCCUGCUAUGGAAUUGUCCAAGUCCCUACUGGUCCCUGGUUCUGCAGAAAAUGUGAAUCUCAGGAAAGAGCUGCCAGGGUGAGAUGUGAGCUGUGUCCCCACAAAGAUGGAGCUUUGAAAAGGACCGACAAUGGAGGCUGGGCCCAUGUGGUGUGUGCCCUCUACAUCCCUGAGGUGGAGUUCGCCAACGUGUCCACCAUGGAGCCCAUCGUGCUGCAGUCUGUCCCGCACGAACGCUACAACAAGACGUGCUACAUCUGUGAGGAGCAGGGUCGCGAGAGCAAAGCAGCUACAGGAGCCUGCAUGGCCUGCAACAAGCAUGGCUGUAGGCAGGCCUUCCAUGUCACAUGUGCCCAGUUCGCCGGGUUGCUCUGUGAGGAGCAGGGCUCAGACGCUGACAACGUGAAGUACUGUGGCUACUGCAAGUACCACUACAGCAAGCUGAGAAGGAGCAAAGGCCGUGCUAGUAGGCCUCAAAGCUUAAGCGAUUCUCCCUCUCACUCUUUGGAUAAACACCAUGACAAGGAGAAGAAGAAGCAUAAAGAGCGAGACCGACAUAAACCCAAGCACAAGAAGUCUCUGGAGCUCUCUCCCUCCCUCGUUCCUUCCUUAAUGGUCACCUCAGAGAAGAGCUACAACAGCAGCGGCAGCAGCGGAGGGGGAAGCGUCUCCUCCGUCUCCUCAUCCCAGAAGCGCAUGGAUGACAGUGGAGGACGCUUCACCAACGCCAACUUCCAGGAGGUGCCGUCCCACUCCACCACCACCGGCUCCAAAGAUGGAGGCUCUUCCGAUGGCAAGUGCUCGGAGGGGAAGAGCAAGAAGUCUGGGGGGCAUGGCUCGGGCUCGGGGUCGGGCUCCCGGGGCCGCAAGGCCAAUCCGGCCAAGCCCCACGGACCCGUCGUCACCAUGGCCACGUCCUCCACUGCCCCGUCCUCCACCAGCCCCUUUCAGCAGGGUCUUCUGAUGGGCAGUGGGAGCAGCAAGACAGCUUCAAGCACGUCGGUGGUCCCGCCCACAUCCGACUUCCUCAGCUUUUCUGACUCAAGCCUGAGGGGCGGGGACUCUUACGCUCCGCCCUCUUUCGGCCGCUGUGUCCUAAAGGGAGGCCCAGAGGGCGGAGCCUCAGAGGGCAUGGUGGCCCUGAACACCUUUGGCUCGCUGAUGUCACUCCCGCAAAGCUCCGCCUCCGGUUCUGGCUCCGGCAAGCAUUACGAGAGUCCUCACCAGAGCGGUGAGGUGGGUGGGCUGGCCUCAGCCAGCUACAAACGGCCCCAGCCAUCUUCAUCUUCCUCAUCUUCCUCCGCCGGUGAGGAUGGCGUCAAGAAGAAGAAGCGCGGGAACUGGCGGAACCGCUAUGGUCCGUGCUUCACCACCCAGGAGAGCAAGACCCCAGAGGGGGCCGAGCUUGCCGCCGCCUUGCCUUCCUCUACCUCGCCCUCACCGUCCUCUUCCUCCGCGGUGGGCCGGCCCAGUGCCGUCACCGCUAGCAGCGGCGGCACUGGGGGCUUGUCAUGCGUAGGGGGUGUGGCUGGCAUUGGGGGAGUGGCAAGUAUAGGGGGCGUGGCUGUUCAGAAAUCUCCCUCUCUGAUCAGGAAUGGGAGCUUGCAGAGUCUCACUGUUAGCUCUCCGCCCACUGGUGCAGCCACGUGUCCCAGCAGCAGUGACGUAGCCGGUCCUCUGCCCAGUGCUGUCCUGGGCGGCAGCCUGGGCGUGGCCAGCUCUGAGCUGGCCAAUCAGCAGUCUAUGGUCACUUCCAUGCCCAGCCUCUCGUCCCUCCCACCUCCCGCCCCCUUCAGCAGCUCCUCCGCACACGCACAGACGAAUUCAUUACCAGGGUCCUUCAACAUGGCUCAGUCUCACAUGUUUGGCAACCGGCUGAACCCAAACUCUGCCAUGGCAACACUCAUAGCUCAGUCGGAGAACUCUCCAGCAGAUCCGGAGCUGGGGGACGGAGCGCUUGGCUUCCCCAGAAGAGGAACCCCGCCGAAGGCGAACCUUUCCCCUCGCUCCCCACUGGGCGGCCUACACAUCCGGUACGAGCCAUCCGGGCCCCUGGUGCACGGGUUGGGCUCCAGCGUGGACACGCUGCCCCCGGUGGCCACCAGCAUCGACCAGCUGCUGGAGAGACAGUGGAACGAGGGCCAGCAGUUUCUCCUCCAGCAAGGAUCGCAGGGUGAUGUGCUGGCCAUGCUGAGGUCCCUGCACCAGCUGCAGGUGGAGAACCGCCGUCUGGAGGAGCAGAUCCGCACGCUCACCAUGAAGAAGGAACGUCUCCAGCUGCUCAGCGCACAGCUCUCAGUGCCCUUCACCACGGCAACCACCACAGCAACCACUGCCUCCCCGCCCCUCUACCCCAGCAACACUCACGCAGACAUGCUGAACAACAAGAACAUACAGCUAGGCUGCAGUGUUUUAACCGAGUCCUCUCAACCCUUGCCCACUCAGGAUCUCCUGUCUGGUGGCCAUAGUAGCGGCAGCAGCACCUCCUCCCUUUCCACUCCUCCCUCGGCGUCCCACAGCCCCUCUCAGAAGCAGCUGAACGGACUGGCCGUGCCCGCGGCCACGCCCGCUCCUGCUGGUGCCUCGCUGCCGGGCAUGGGGGUGAGCAGCCUGGCGGGGGCGCUGCAGAGCGGCCACGCGGCCGUGACCGCCCUGAACGGAGUCAUCCAGACGUCGCCGGGCCUGCCGCAGAACGCCAGUCCUCUACCCCACCCGGCCGGCAACCCCGUCAGCUCUGUGGCCACCGCCUCUCUACCCAUGUCCGGCAGUUUCAGCAACAGUAAUGUGACCACUGCAAAAACCAGUGCGGUGAGACUCACUGAGCAGCAAAGGCAAAUGUUCCUCCAGCAGCAACUACAGCAGCUGUUCAACUCCCAACAGUCCACAGCGGAGCCACAGCAGGUCCUCCUCUACCAACUAAUGCAGCAGCACCACGAGCUCCAGCAGAUCUCUGGCUCUCAGCUGCUCCCUGCUACUUCCUCCAACCCCUUCCUGGCUCUGCACACCGAGGGCAGCAUCACGCCGCCCGCGGUCAGUACCGCACGGCUGCUCUAGCACUACGCCGGAGAAUGGGGGAGAAGGGCCUGGCUGUAGCUGGACAGGAAAAAACGUGACCCAGUCUGCGUGCUGGACACCACUGGGAACCUCACCCUCUCAGGGGCCGACCUGACAACCACCCGCCACGCCUCAACACACACAGCCACCCCCACCCUGGCACUCUAUCCAGCUAGAGGACUGUCCAUCUCGUAUAUUGCACUGAAUUGGAAUAAAUCUCUUGCUGUAAACGUUAGGGUCACAGGGGGCCACUUAACAGGCCAACACACACGCACACCAUCCCACACAGUCGCUGUGCGUGUGUUGAGGGUGACGUUCUUGAAUCACUGUGAGAGGAAGGUGGUGUGUGCUGCUGUGGGCUGACUCGUCCUCCGCUCUCGUCCCGAGGCCCGUCACAGGACACGGCCCCGAAAACCACCCUCGGCAGACCAGCUGUUGUGCGCAUUUGUAAAUGUAUUUAAGGAGGAAAUAAACGAGAAACUUUAAAUGCACAGAGAGUUCAAAGCUUGAAGCCACCAGAAAGCAGCCCACCACAAAGGCCUUGCCCACGCCUCUGACUGCACCUCUGGGGGGCGCUAGAGCUGUCCAGACGGACGUGUCUCACUCUGCUGUACUCGCAAAACCAGCACCUACCUCUCAGAGCCAGGAACACGCUAGCAGGACCUGCACCCAAGUGCCCGCCACGGCCACGCCCACGGCCACACCCUCCAGGCUCUCCAGACAGGCGGCCAGCUCUACCCUUGGGAGCACAGGCUGUUCGCUUUUUCUAAAAGUACGAACCGAGUGUCGAUAUCGACCAGUGUCACUCAGGCAAUCGCAUGUCACCAGUUCCACAGGACCCACCCACUUCAAAGCUCAUUGGUUAGAUACUUGUGCUGCAUUGAUCUGAUUUAUUUCUGAAGCAAACUUUAUAACACCUCCCCGUAUUUUUUCCCCCCCUAACUUAUUUGCAUAUGUUGUGUAAUGGGCACAAGAUAAAAUAUAUUUUGGAGCCCGAGCGUGUCACAAACAUUUUUAUACUACUGUACAAAAUUUCUCAGUUCCUUUGAAUCUCGUUGUAAGGUUUCUGAUUAGAGUGUCUCGUACGCGGCCGUAAGAACUUCUCUGGUUCAGGCUCACGGUCGUGUAAAUAUGGUUUGUUUUGUUUUCGUCACCAUGUAAAGCAGCAGAUUGCAUUGGCGUCUGAAUAAGCUGAAGUUUAGUUAGAAAUUACCUCCUUUCUCGUGUAAAUAGUUGUUUGUUUUCUUUAUGGUGUGAAGGAUAUUAAAACUCAUUUGGUGUGUUCAUAUCUAAUUAACAGACAGGAAAAAUAUUAAUUCAAGCUAUUAAUUUAUUUUUAUAUGUACAGGAACCUUUCUCUCUCGCACUCUUUUUUUUUUUUUUUUACGUUUUGCACCAUUUUAUUGUUGUAAUUUUAUAGUCCUAUACCCAUAUCUAACCCAAACCUUGUACCCAUAUCUUGUUUUCAUGUUUCUGUACAGGAAUUAUGCAAAAAUACCUAAAGUUUGUAUUUAAAAAAACAAAACAAAACAAUGUCAGUCCCUAAAUUCUCCUUCAUUCUGCUUAUAAAGUCUGAACACAGUUUGUAGCGUUACGAUUUUUUUCAGUGAUUAAAAUCCUUUUACAGUGA